UCUAUCCAUCCAUCUAUAUAUUCUUCUCUGUAGGUCACAGCAGAAAACAACGGUUUAAUAAAGAGGGAAAGAAGUGCCCGGAUAUUUCUGGCUUGUUAUCAGGCUACAGUCAUAUCUAGAAAAAUGACUAAAGGGGAUACUGCCGAUGUAGAGGAGGCCCAGCCGAACUCUGAGUUUACCAGUCCAAAACAUGAAUCUCGCAAGAAACCUAUAGUUCACCCAUCUGCCCAGGCUCCACUCCCCAAAGAUUAUGCCUUCACAUUCUUUGAUCCAAGUGACCCAGCGUGUUUGGAGAUUUUGAUGGAUCCCUGCACCACCAUCCCUGAGUUGUUUGCUAUCAUCCGUCAGUGGGUCCCACAAGUGCAGCACAAGAUUGACAUAAUCGGAGAAGAGAUUUUAAAGCGUGGAUGUCAUGUUAAUGACCGUGAUGGGUUGACAGACAUGACUCUACUGCACUACAGCUGCAAAGCAGGGGCUCAUGGAGUGGGAGACCCUGAGGCAGCCUUAAGGCUGACCAAUCAGCUGAUUGCUCUGGGUGCAGAUGUCAGCCUCCGCAGUCGUUGGACCAACAUGAAUGCUCUCCACUAUGCGGCUUACUUCGAUGUUCCUGAGCUGAUCCGGGUUCUGCUUAAAGCUUCUAAACCUAAAGUACUCAAUUCUACCUGCAGUGACUUCUACUAUGGUACUGCCCUGCACAUUGCUGCCUCUAACCUCUGCCUGGGAGCUGUCAAGUGUCUACUGGAGCAUGGCGCCAACCCUACUGUCAGAAAUGAUAAGGGCCAAGUCCCUGCUGAUGUGGUUCCUGAUCCCAUGGACAUGAGCCUGGAUAAAGCAGAAGCAGCCAUGGUGGCUAAAGAGUUAAAGCAACUAUUGUUAGAUGCUGUGCCACUUAGCUGUAACCUUCCCCGUAUAACCUUGCCCAACUAUGACAACAUUCCUGGCAACCUCAUGUUGUCUUCUCUCGGCCUGAAGUUGGGUGACCGAGUGGUUCUGGAUGACAUGAAGAUGGGCACUCUUCGUUUUUGUGGAACUACGGAGUUUGCUAGUGGUCAGUGGGUGGGCAUUGAGCUGGAUGAGCCAGAAGGCAAGAAUGAUGGAAGUGUGGGUGGAGUCCGCUACUUCAUCUGUCCUCCCAAACUGGGAAUUUUUGCCCCUGUGUCCAAAAUCAAAAAAGUUGUGGAUCAAGUGCCUUCCUCAGUCACCUCCACUCCUAAAACUCCCCGCAUGGACUUUUCCCGUGUCACUGGCAAAAUCAAGAAAGAGAAAAAAGAGAAAGAUCGUGAAAAGAAGAAAUCUCUGUCAGUGGCCAGUCUGGAUCCUGAUGGCGUGAAGAUUGAAGUAGGAGACCAGGUUCUAGUGGCUGGACAGAAGCAAGGAAUUGUGCGUUUUUAUGGCAAAACAGACUUUGCCCCAGGCUUUUGGUUUGGUGUGGAAUUGGAGCAGCCCACUGGGAAACAUGAUGGCUCUGUGUUUGGAGUUCGCUACUUCAGCUGCCUGCCCAAAUAUGGAGUGUUUGCACCACCUUCACGCGUUCAGAGAAUUGGAGGGCCUAAAGAAUCCCAGGGUGAUGGGAAGCUGGUGAAGAAGGUUCACCAGGUGACUAUGUCCCAGCCAAAGCGUAACUUCAGUGCGGUGAGAUCUCCCAAAGACAUUACAUCUGAGAACUCCAUAUCCAGGUUGCUAUUCUGUUGCUGGUUCCCCUGGAUGCUACGUGCAGAAAUGCAGUCCUAAACACACUACUUAUUACUCUGCUUCCCCCAUUUCUAUUCUUUCUAUUCCUAUUCUAAUUAUACACUUCCCCAUCACUGUCCAUCCACUUACAUUUAUUCAUUUGGCAGAUGCGUUUUUCAAAGCAACCUACAAAUGAUACAGUAUAAUCCAAACAUGGAGCUGAGGAUUAAAAGGUUUUGCUCAAAGGUCCGUCAGUUCUCUGGCAGUUAAACUCCCAAUCUUCUUAUAACGAGCUUCAAAACCUUAAAGCACUGAGCUAUCACUGCCUGAGCGGCUAUCGAUCCUAAACUUGGGCUUUUCUUUAAGAAUCAUGCAGAUUGUGACUGGCACAAAUGUGCAAGAUCCCUCUCCCAGCCUUCCCCUUCAACUGCAGUUCAAUAGCAAAAACUAGUGCCUUGUAAUGUCCUGCAUUCCAUUUGUUAAACAAUCAGUAAAAGAACAAGCUAUCUUGAAUUCUGAAAUAGGGAAAAGUACAGUGUCUUGCAAAAGUAUUCAUCCCCCUUGGUGUUUGUCCU